AUGUCAGAUACUCAGAAUGUAGAAAAUGAUCUGAUAAUUCAUCGAGCAGACCUCAAUAUUGAUCAGGCUACAGCUGAAGAGCGACAAGAACGUGAAAUAAUCUAUUGUGAAGAAGGAGACGAUGAUAACGAACGUAUUGUACCAGACUCAAGAGUAGAUGCAGAAGUAGUAAUCAUUAAAGGACCGUAUUCAUCAUGUGCACGAUGUGUAUUUGAUUAUAAACAUGUUGUACUGAUUGGUGGUGGAAUUGGUAUAACACCAUAUGCAUCUAUUUUACAAAGUCUUAUGGCACAAUUCCGUGCAUCGCAUAUAAAAAUCGUUUUUAUGAAAAAAGUCGAUUUUAUUUGGGUAAAUCGUGAUCAUAAAAAUUUUGAAUGGUUUCUUAAUAUUCUACAUGAAUUUGAACGUGAACAAGAAACUUAUUUAAGUUUGAAUGUCGAUGAACGUCGUUUUCUAGAUAUUCAUCUUCAUUUUACAGGAGUAAAAUAUAAUGAAAAUAGUGGUGAUAGUCCAUCGGAUCUUAUUACGAAAUUUUGGAGUCAAAUAACUGGACAUGAUGUAUUUACAGCGUUAAAAUCGAAAACACAUAUCGGUCAACCAAACUGGAAUGAACUUUUUCAAAGUUUUAAAUCUGGCGAGAAUGCUUCGAUGGCCAAUGAUGUUGGUGUCUUCUUCUGUGGUCCACCGUCGAUGGAAAUAGAUAUACGGAAAUAUUGUAUGAAUUAUCAAUUUCGAUACUUUGAAGAGAAAUUCUAA